AUGACUGGCAGGGAGUGUUUGUUCUUGCGGGUGUCCGAGUGGGACGCGUUUCUGGGGCGAAAAUUCCGCGGCGCAGUGGAGUUUGCCUGGGUCGGUGUUCCCGUCUAUCUGGCUGCUGGUCGCUGCAAUAAUCGCCUCCCCGUGCGUGCGUGCGUGUGCUCUCGCGUAUGUCUCCAGGUCUCCACUGGUCUGGUCCCCAGUGUGGCUCAGACUGCGGUUCUGAAUCUGGAUGUCAUGGUCUUGGUGCCGGAGGAUCGCCGCGCUGCAGCCCCGUUGGGUUAUGAGGUGGUGAAGAAUGAAGAGAGAAGACACACUGUGACUACAAUGGACACAGAUGGCCCGGAGUCCACAGUUGUACUGAACUUCCUCUCCAAACUUGGACUAAAGAACUUUUAUCCCAACAAGCUCACUCUUCAGUCUCACUUGGAAGUCAACAAACACAACACAUAUGAUGAAACAGUUGAAUCACUGGAGAAAAUACCAUGGUGCUUUCUCAGGAAACUACUUAAAAUCAAUGCUGAAUGCAGAAACUGCACACAAUUAUCAAUCUAUGAGGAGGAGGAGAAGGAGGAAGAGGAAAACAAUGAUCUCUUCGACUUGGACCUGUACACUGCAGAUGGCUGGGCAACAGAUAAUAAGGUGAACCCUCUGGACGUCAUAGUGGCGCUCUUCCUCUGUGCUGACAGCUUCCUGCGACAGGAAAUGGCCCUAAAGAUGUCGAUGUGCCAGUUCGCUGUCCCACUACUGUUGCCCUAUGGCAAUAAGAGUCAGUGUACCCUGAUGUUGUGGGCUCUGAGAGACAUCGUCAAAGAGUGGCGUCCACAUGAUUUGUCUGAAUCAAGAGGGUUUGUUGAAAAGAGCAUUGUCCAAGCAAAUAUGCCACUCUAUUCCUUUGUGAGGCUGAAAAACUGUAGUUUAUCAAAGUCUCAGUGUUUGAAUCAUGUUCUCAACCUUGGUCAAAACUUUCACAACAUCUUCACACACAGAGAUAUGAAAGGAGGGGCAGUCACAAAGACCCUAGCCACUGGACUGGUAGAAAUCUGCUGGUACCUUCCUAGUGGUACAGAAAACCUCGACAUAUUUCCAGAGCCCGUUGCCUUCACCAAUUUGCGAGGAGAAAUCUGUGAGUCACUUGCACAAUUUAAGUUUCUUUUUGAAGUGUCAACUGCGACCUAUGUAUUCCUGGACAAGGUUGAAGAAAAUGAGCACAAGAUUCUGACUUCUCUUCAAGAUGUGAAAUCCAAACUUUUCUUGGUUGUUAAUCGAAAGGAGGGUAAUGACAGAGAGGACAUGAUGUCUGUCAAGACAAUGGUGAAAGAGUUAGACUUGCUAAACAGCAGUGUGAAGAUCAAAGACCCAAGAGUAAAUCUUGCAGAGUUUUCAGAGAAACUUUGUGGGUCCAUGAAGAAACCAAUGUCAACUGGAACAAACACUGUAACCAUUGAAAGAAUGUUUGACAAAGCCACUGAACUUGGUCUGUCUGUGGACGAAAGCAAAACUCACAACCAAGAGAAAGCUGCUGAGGAGAUUGUGAAAGGAAUUGGGAUGGGUAUACCAGACUACAAAAAACAACAACUUCCAUUGCAGGGAGAGAACUGGAAAAUAUUAUCACAGCUAGAAAUGGAAGAAUGUAGAAUGAAAAAAUGUAGUGACCAUGGACUGGAGCAAUAUAAAUCUCAGCUUCAAGCAGAAAAAGAAAAGAUCAGGAAUGAGCAAAGGAAACACAAAGUAUCCAGAGACAUGGAAAGUUUUAUUGAACACUUGUCUGGAGGUGACAAAGAGAGAAGAAAUUUUUUUCUUAAGUGGAUGAAACUUAAGCUUAAUGCACAUUUGGAGUCUGCCAUUCAGCUAUUUUUGAUGCGUAAUAAGCUGAAAGAACAAUGCAACAAAAACGAGAAAGAUGUGAAACUCAUUGCAGAGCUAGAUCAGGCUUUGCUGGACAGUUCUUUAGGAAUCGAGCACUACAUGAGAGAGAUGGCAUUGAUCUAUGAGUUCUCCAUCAGAAGCUCAACAAAAACUGCGGGUGAAAUAUCUUGUCUCCCUGCCAUCGCUGCUGAAAUGCUGCUGGAUGGAUAUCCUUUUGAGCUCUUGGAUGGAGAUGCUUCCAACAUCCCAGAGAGAUGGGUGACAGCUGUGCUGAUGGAGCUUCACAAAAAGGUUGGAGGGAAGAGCAGACUGUUGGUACUGACUGUGCUGGGUGUUCAGAGUACUGGGAAGUCAACACUACUCAACACCAUGUUUGGUGUACAGUUUCCUGUCAGCAGCGGCAGAUGCACCAGAGGAGCUUAUAUGCUCCUGCUCAAAGUUGGAGAGGACAUGCAAAGCGACAUGGACUGUGACUUUAUAGUGCUUAUAGACACAGAGGGUCUAAAGUCUCCUCGUCUGGCACAACUAGAGGACAGUUACGAGCAUGACAACCAACUGGCAACUUUUGUCAUUGGUUUAAGUGAAGUCACCAUUAUCAAUGUCUCCAUGGAAAACUCAACAGAAAUGAAAGACAUCCUGCAAAUUGCAACUCAUGCAUUCCUGAGAAUGAAGGAAAUUGGUAAAAAGCCCGUUUGUCAUAUUGUGCACCAGAAUGUUGCAGCAGUUUCAGCUCAUGCAAAGAACAUCACAGAAAGAACACAACUUUUGGACCAACUCAAUGAAAUGACACAAAUUGCAGCUGAAAUGGAAAAGCAGCCUCAUAUUAAAGCAUUCACAGAUGUGCUGGACUACGACAUUGACAAAAACAACUGGAACAUCCCAGGACUCUGGCAUGGAACCCCACCAAUGGCAGCCGUGAACACAGGCUACAGUGAAGCUGUAGCCAAUUUCAAGAAUAAUUUUUUAGAGAAAGUAAAAGGUGACAGAAGAAAUGAAUAUUCACAGAUCCCAGAGUUUCUAAAAUGGAUGAGCAGUCUCUGGAAAGCAGUGAAAUUCGAAAACUUCAUCUUUAGUUUCAGAAACACUCUUGUGGCUAAUGCCUACGACAACCUUUGCAAAGAGUUCAAUCAAUGGGGAUGGGAGUUCAAAAGAGCAAUACUGAAAUAUCAAGAUGCAGCAGUGUUAGAAAUCAACAAUACCGACAACGAAUCUGAACUCCAACAUUUAAGUGACUUGGUUAAGUUGAAAAAAUCAGAGGUUUCAAAAGAAAUAGAAGCCCAACAAACAUUAAUGAAGAACAAACUUCAGGACUACUACAAAAGAAGAAACAUACAUGUGCAUUUAAUAGAGAAAUAUAAAACAGAGUUUUUCAACAGUAUCAUUAGCUCUGCAAAUGAAAUCCAGCAUUCAGUAAAUAAAAAUUUGGACUGUGUCUUUGAGUUGAGAAGAAGUUCAAAGGAGGCUCAAGAAAUUCAUAGGAAACACAGACAAAUGAUUGAGGAGCAGGUCAUGAAACUCCUGCAUGACUGCAAAGGCUCCACGCUGUCUGAUGAAGAGCUAAAAGAUGAGUUUGAAAAGAUGUGGACAAAAACCACUGAAAAUGUGAUGAGCCUGAAGGAACAAAACAUAUCUGAAAACAUCAUCAAACAGUGUAAAGAAAGUUUCCACAAUCAUAAGAUCAAUGAGGACUUUCAGAACAUUGGAGACCUACAGGAAAUUGGGAAGUGUGCGUUCGAGGCCAGAACUGAGCAUAUAAAACAUGCAAAGACCUGGAAUUUCUUCUCCAAAAAUGACAUCAAAAGGGAAUUGCAGAGAUCAGCUGAUAAUAUCACUGAGUCUUGUGAAAGAUUUGUGCAUGAUACAGUAAAAACAAACACAGACUACCAUGAGUCUUUCACAAAGGAUCUUUUGGACAAAGUAGACAAAGCUCUUGCCUGCUCCAAGAAUCACAAUAUCAAGUUUGAGAUUGAUCUGAAACUUCACAUUUGUGGGAUUGCCUCAAGAGAGUUCCUCAAAAUGCACAAAAAAUUCUUGUCAGAUAAUGAUCCUAAAACUCAGCUGGAGAAGUACAAGACUCAGUACCUGUCAGAUUUUCUUGACUUAUACAGACAAAGAGAUCAUUGCCAACGCAAAGCAACAGAGUUUGUCCAGUCCUGUAUCAAACCUGCUGUGGAAGAGUACAUCAACAGAUCUCUGGGAGUGGACAUUGUGGAUGAAAUUUUGACAAGUGGCCACUCGGCCCAUUACAGUUCUCGCUCCUUUUUCCAGUACAACAUUCAAAAAGAGUUGCUGCAACAAGAAGACUUCAACAGUUUUGUCAAGUACAUUGGUAAAUAUGAAAUAUAUGUUAAGGACUGGAUAUUUCACCACAUUGUGCAGAAAAUGUCAGAGAACAAGACUUUGUACAAUUUGAAAAACAAGAGUCUGCAGGUCAUAGUUCAUAAAAUCACAGAAGCACUAGAACAAGCCUCAAAAGGAGAAGAUGGUAUUCUGCUACCAGACAACACAGAAAGCAUCAAUGAGCUCAUGAAAAACAUGCGCAAAUAUCUGCUCAAGGACAUCUCCAUUUCAGUGGAGGCUGAAAAAUCCACCUUGUUUCAGAUCCAAAGCACCUGCCAUCCGUUUACAAACAGCCUAAAGAUCUCAAUAGAUGGGCUGGAGAAACAACUUCAGGAGGAAUUCCCCACCUCUGAAAAGAUCAUGAAGACUCUAAACAAACUUCCAGUCAAACCACAAGAUGAGCUUUUCAAGCGAAUAUUUGGCUGUGGACAACAGUGCCCGUUCUGUAAAGUUCCCUGUGAAGCUGGAGGCAAAGAACAUAGGCAGCAUCAUGCAGCUGUUCAUCGACCACAAGGUCUUGGUGAAUACAGGAAUAUAGACACACAGGAGCUGGUUGAAGUACUGUGUACAACUGAUGUGUAUGGUCAACAAACAUUCAGAAACACAGACACUAAAUGGGAACCCCAUCCUUACAAAGACUAUACUACCUACUAUCCAAACUGGCGCAUUCCCCCAGACCCCACCAUAGAGGCAUCUGACUACUGGAAGUAUGUCCUGAAUAAAUACAAUGACAGAUUUGCUCAAGAAUACAAGGCCAAGCCAGCGGUUGUUCCAGAAGCCUGGAAGAGAAUCACAAAGGAACAGGCACUGAAAGGCUUAAAAGAUGCCUUCAACAUGAAGUGA